AUGGCAGCCGAAAUUAAGCCUUCAAAUUCUAAACAACAAGGAAAUGUAAGAAAACCAGUGUUACUAAAUAAAUUAGAAGGAUGUGGAGAUUGUGUAAAUAUGGCAGUGAUUAUUCCAGGAGAGGAUGGAGUUAUAAGUGUCAGUGAUGACAAGACGGUGAGAGUUUGGUUAAAAAGAGAUACAGGACAAUAUUGGCCUUCCAUUUGUCAUUCAAUGCCCUCUGAGGCAUCCUGUCUAGAGUUUAAUAGUGAAACUAGAAGAUUAUUUAUUGGAUUAGAUAAUGGUACUAUUACAGAAUUUUCAUUGGCAGAUGAUUAUAACAGAUUAUCUCAUAUAAGAGAUUAUCUUGCUCAUCAAAACAGAGUUACAUGUUUAAAAUUCUCACUGAAUUGUGAAUGGGUAUUGAGUUGUAGUAAAGAUAAAUAUUUUCAAUGGCAUUGUUCUGAAACUGGUAGAAGAUUAGGUGGAUAUCAGGCUGCUGCAUGGUGUUUAUGCCUAGAAUUUGACGAACAAUCAAAAUAUGCCUUCGUAGGAGAUUAUUCAGGACAUAUAUCAGUAUUGAAGUUAAAAGAUACAACAUUUGAAUUAGUCAUCACUUUAAAGGGUCACUCCGGUAAUGUACGUUGUCUUGCCUGGGAUGUAGAAAGAAGUUUAUUAUGUUCUGGAAGUUUUGAUCAGUCUGUGAUAGUGUGGGAUAUUGGUGGUAAACAAGGCACAGCCUUCGAAUUACAAGGACAUCAUGAUAAAGUACAAGGUUUAGUGUAUGCCCAGUCAGCUAAACAAUUACUAUCAGGUUCAGAUGACUGUGUUGUUGGUGUAUGGAAUAUGGAUGCCAAGAGAAUUGAGACACCAGAAUGGGCUGAAAGUGAUGUAUGUAUGAAAUGUGAAGGACCAUUUUUCUGGAAUGUGAAGAAAAUGUGGGAAGAAAAAAUUAUGGGAAACAGACAGCACCAUUGUAGAAAAUGUGGUAAAGCUGUGUGUGCUAAAUGUAGUACUAAACAGUCAACUCUACCUGCUAUGGGAUAUGAAUAUGAUGUUAGAAUUUGUGAUGAUUGUUUUAAAACCAUUGAAACAGAAGAUAGAGCUCCACUAGCCACAUUCCAUGAUGUGAGACACAGUGUAAUUCAUAUGAAUUUAGAUUCUACUAGAAAAUUAUUAUUAACUGUUGGUAAAGAUAGGAUUAUUAAGGUUUGGGAUGUGAGCAGUGUAUUACAUUAA